AUGCAUACAACAAAUCCUCUUGACGAAGAGUUUGCUGAGUUAGCGGAGUACACAUUGGACCAAUGGAAUGUCCCGGGGCUGUCUAUAGCUGUAGUUGACGGUCAUGAUAUCUGGGCUGAGGGCUACGGAUAUGCCACCCUACCGAGCAUCAAAGCCACGUCCGAGACACUAUACUAUGGCGGUAGCUUGACCAAAUCCCACACCGCAGCAGCUGUGUCCUUGCUCAUCACUUCGGGAAAUUACAGCGGCCUCACAUUGCAAACACCAGUCUCGGCUCUCAUUCGAGAGGAUUUCGUCUUGGAGGAUGAAUGGGCUACCAAGCAUAUCACCCUCGAAGAUGUUCUAGGCCACCGUACUGGCAUGGCAAGGCAUGAUAUGAGUUACGGUGGCGAUUACGGUGGACAUAUGGGCACGCCGAAGGACGUGGUAAGGUCUUUGAGAUACUUACCAAUGUCAUCGGAGCCAAGAUCAACAUUCCAUUACAGCAACAUUAUGUAUGUUGCAGCUGCUUAUGUGGUUGAUACCAUGUCUGGGCAGCGAAUAGCAGAUUUCUUGAAGGAGAGAGUAUGGGGGCCGUUGGGAAUGAAAUCGACUUUCUUCUCUCUUACCGACGCCAAGAAAGCUGCCUCGAAACGCAUGGCAGUAGGCUAUAGCUGGCAGGAAGACCACUACGAAUCAACUCCCCACCCAGAUGUGACAGUUAUAACCGGAGCCGGAAGUAUCAUCGCCAGCGUUCACGACCACGCCAGAUGGUUAAGAGCCCUUCUCUCAUGCUCAGCCCCUUUGACAGAAGCCGACUGCAAAGAGCUCAAGAGUCCUCGAACAUUCAUCGCCGACCAACCAGAAGGCUCCCCUUACGCUGGAUUUAUGGCUUAUACACUGGGAUGGGAGACGGAUUGGUAUAACGGCUACCAGGUUUUCAUGCACUCGGGUGGCAUUGAAGCAUUUGGUAAUCAUAUCAUUUUCAUCCCUGAGUUGAACUGGGCAGCUGUGGCUAGCGGCAAUACUGCAUACACAUCCACUUUCGCAUGCAUAGAGCUCAUUCACAAGUUGCUUGACGACAAGAUCGGGCUGUCUCAUGCUCAGAGAUUUAACUGGUUAGAAUACCACAAAGGAAAGCGACUCAAGCAGAUCAACUUUUACAAUGACGCACAAUCGAACUUUUACCCAUAUACACUCGACAAGCGUCCUCUCAGUCUCCAACUAGAGAGGUACGCUGGGACGUACUACAAUCCUGGAUUCCGAAAUUUCACGAUAUACGUCAAGGACGAUACUCUUCAGAUUGACAGAUACGCCUCGUACAACGUCCAUAUGGACUUGGAACAAGUCACUGGGGACUACUUCAUGGCGUACAUGGACUCGAUGACAGUUCCAGGCUCCAUCUACCAGAAUGCAGUGGCAGCUGAGUUCGUGAUCGGGCCUGAUGGCGUGGCAAGGAAGUUUGGGAUAGCAGAAGAGCCUUCUAUGGGUCCAAAUGGGCGAGUCUGGUUUGAUAGAGUUGAUGGAGUGUGA